AUGCAAAGUGAUAGCGAACCUAACUUUACGAGUAAUUCACCAAACCCUCAUGUCGAUAACGAUCCUAUCUCACAAAGUGUUAAUGCUAUACAAAAUACAAUUCAUAAUGAGAUGGUUUCGCACGUGCUAACUGAACCUCAUGUAGUUAUUAAUAGCGAGCAUCAACAAAAUAGUAAUAUGCAACCGAUGUCUUCAAGUCAUACUGUUCCAAAAUUUCAGGUAUCUAGUUAUUCAACCAAUUAUAUUCAAGAGAACGUUAAUAUGGCUAGACAUUCAUUCUUUUAUAGGCCUUGCAAUGAUGAUCAUAUUUAUCAUAUCAUCUGUGAAGAGACAACCUUUGAAGAAACUAUUUCUCAAUUAAUAAAUAAUUAUUUGUAUUCAUCUAAUUCAUCUAAUUCAUUUUUAUUCUACUUUCAACAACCUAACGACAAAAGAAUCUAUCAAGUGGUAUGUGAAAUGAUCUAUAUUUAUAGCAAUGAAAUUAAACCAAACGAACAGCAACAUGUUGAAUUUUCUAAUAGACAUAAAGAAAAUCUUGAAAUUUACUUGAGACAAUUUCUGGUUAUUUUUUUGGCGCCAAUGGAUAUUUACGGGCAAUUAAACAUGAAUAUUGAACAAGAUAGGGAUGUUGAUAAUGGUACGGGUGGUAGUAAUUCUAAUACAAGCUUAGUUGAUAUUUCGCAGUUUUCUAUUUCUCAACAGGAUAAUAAUAAUCAGAAAGUUUCAUCUCAAAAUGUUAGUGAAAAUUAUAUGCGAGAUAAUAACUCGGAAUAA